UAUAUGGGCGCUUGAUUUGUUUUGGCCUCGCAACACAGCCACUUCAUAAGUUCUUCUUCCCCAUUCCCCAAAUCUCCAUUAUUACCAUGCGUUCUCUCACUUUCACCAUUUUCAUCCUCUCAGCCACUCUUGCCGCCGCCGCCUCAAACUCCGAUGAGGGCCCCGCGUUUUCAAGAAAGUUAUCUCCACGUUCACUAGGGCUCAAGAAAGAGAAACUCAGCCACCUUCAUUUCUUCUUCCAUGACAUAGUUAAAGGCCACCAACCUACGGCAAUGGGCAUCACCAAGGCAGCCAUUGCAAACUCAUCCACUGGAUUUGGCAUGAUGAUGAUCGCCGAUGAACCCUUGACUCUUAAGCCCCACCGCAGUUCAAAGCUUGUAGGAAGAGCACAGGGGAUUUAUGCUUCUGCUUCCCAGAGUGAGCUUGAUUUGUUAAUGGUUUUGAACUUUGCUUUCAUGGAAGGGAAUUAUAAUGGAAGCAGUUUGAGUGUUCUUGGGCGUAACCCUAUAUUUUCCGGCGAGAGGGAGAUGCCGAUCGUCGGUGGAACUGGGGUUUUCAAGUUUGGUCGUGGAUAUGUUAAGGCAAAAACAUAUGCAUAUGAUAAUAAAACCUCAAAUGCUGUAGUGGAGUACGAUGUCUAUGUUCUCCACCGUUAGUUGACGGUUGUCCACUUCGACUAUUCUAUCGCAGUUGUCCUAAUGAGCUACAUUGUUUUCUUUUA